CUACGUCAUCCACCGGCGACAGAUGCUUCUGCGCGACAUUUGUUUACACGAUGGCGUCGGUGGAUUUGAGAGGUAGCGAAGUGUUCCUUUCAUUAAUUGAAAAGUUAUGUAUUCUGUAUUUUAAAUGGAAUAAAUAGUAAGGAACACUAAUGUAACUCGCUUACGGUUUCUGAGAAUUAAAAUAAAUUGAUGACGCUUUCAGGAACAUAAUUAGCUUGACAGCACAAAGCUAGCUAGUUUAGCUAACGCGUUAGCAAGACAGCUAACGAUCUGUUUACCUUGUAGUCAAACUAUUUUUAUUUUUAUUUAACCUUUAUUUAACUAGGCAAGUAAGUUAAGAACAAAUUCUUAUUUACAAUGACGGCCAAACCCGGACGACGCUGGGCCAAUUGGAUAAGAGCGUCUGCUAAAUGAUGUAAAUGUAAAUUGUGCGCCGCCCUAUGGGACUCCCAAUCACGUCCGGUUGUGAUACAGCCUGGAAUCGAACCAGGGUCUGUAGUGACGCCUCAAGCACUGAGAUGCUGUGCCUUAGACCGCUGCGCCACUCGGGAGCAAACUAGUCAGCAAGUCUUUAUCAAAAACAAAUAUGCACGUUAUACCUACAUGUUUACCCCAAUUCUUGUAAUAAAACGAGUAACUCCAUUCGUUACCUGCUGCUCCUUCUAGACAACAACCUCCUGGGGAUAUCGUGGGUUGACAGUGGCUGGGUGCCUAUCCUCAACCCUGGCAAUGUGCUGGACUAUUUCUCUGAGAGGAGUAAUCCGUUCUACGACCGCACCUGUAACAACGAGGUGGUGAAGAUGCAGCGGCUCACUCUGGAACAUCUCAAGUAAGAGUUUCUUCUGUUAUUGGCUUUGAAUAUUGCUGACAUACUGACUAUGAGCUGUUUUCCUGUGUAGGGGUCUUACUUUAAAAUAGUGAUUUUAUUAGGCCUGCAUAUUACUCCUUACAUCUAUUACAGUAACACUGCCCCUGACACAGGUGAAGCCGACUAGUCCCGUUGACAGUGUCCAUGACACAGAUGAAGCCGACUAGUCCCGUUGACUGUGUCCAUGACACAGAUGAAGCCGACUAGUCCCGUUGACAGUGUCCAUGACACAGAUGAAGCCGACUAGUCCCGUUGACAGUGUCCAUGACACAGGUGAAGCCGACUAGUCCCGUUGACAGUGUCCAUGACACAGGUGAAGCCGACUAGUCCCGUUGACAGUGUCCAUGACACAGAUGAAGCCGACUAGUCCCGUUGACAGUGUCCAUGACACAGAUGAAGCCGACUAGUCCCGUUGACAGUGUCCAUGACACAGAUGAAGCCGACUAGUCCCGUUGACAGUGUCCAUGACACAGGUGAAGCCGACUAGUCCCGUUGACAGUGUCCAUGACACAGAUGAAGCCGACUAGUCCCGUUGACAGUGUCCAUGACACAGAUGAAGCCGACUAGUCCCGUUGACAGUGUCCAUGACACAGAUGAAGCCGACUAGUCCCGUUGACAGUGUCCAUGACACAGGUGAAGCCGACUAGUCCCGUUGACAGUGUCCAUGACACAGGUGAAGCCGACUAGUCCCGUUGACAGUGUCCAUGACACAGGUGAAGCCGACUAGUCCCGUUGACAGUGUCCAUGACACAGAUGAAGCCGACUAGUCCCGUUGACAGUGUCCAUGACACAGAUGAAGCCGACUAGUCCCGUUGACAGUGUCCAUGACACAGAUGAAGCCGACUAGUCCCGUUGACAGUGUCCAUGACACAGGUGAAGCCGACUAGUCCCGUUGACAGUGUCCAUGACACAGGUGAAGCCGACUAGUCCCGUUGACAGUGUCCAUGACACAGGUGAAGCCGACUAGUCCCGUUGACAGUGUCCAUGACACAGAUGAAGCCGACUAGUCCCGUUGACAGUGUCCAUGACACAGGUGAAGCCGACUAGUCCCGUUGACAGUGUCCAUGACACAGAUGAAGCCGACUAGUCCCGUUGACAGUGUCCAUGACACAGAUGAAGCCGACUAGUCCCGUUGACAGUGUCCAUGACACAGAUGAAGCCGACUAGUCCCGUUGACAGUGUCCAUGACACAGGUGAAGCCGACUAGUCCCGUUGACAGUGUCCAUGACACAGAUGAAGCCGACUAGUCCCGUUGACAGUGUCCAUGACACAGAUGAAGCCGACUAGUCCCGUUGACAGUGUCCAUGACACAGAUGAAGCCGACUAGUCCCGUUGACAGUGUCCAUGACACAGGUGAAGCCGACUAGUCCCGUUGACAGUGUCCAUGACACAGAUGAAGCCGACUAGUCCCGUUGACAGUGUCCAUGACACAGGUGAAGCCGACUAGUCCCGUUGACAGUGUCCAUGACACAGAUGAAGCCGACUAGUCCCGUUGACAGUGUCCAUGACACAGAUGAAGCCGACUAGUCCCGUUGACAGUGUCCAUGACACAGAUGAAGCCGACUAGUCCCGUUGACAGUGUCCAUGACACAGAUGAAGCCGACUAGUCCCGUUGACAGUGUCCAUGACACAGGUGAAGCCGACUAGUCCCGUUGACAGUGUCCAUGACACAGGUGAAGCCGACUAGUCCCGUUGACAGUGUCCAUGACACAGGUGAAGCCGACUAGUCCCGUUGACAGUGUCCAUGACACAGGUGAAGCCGACUAGUCCCGUUGACAGUGUCCAUGACACAGGUGAAGCCGACUAGUCCCGUUGACAGUGUCCAUGACACAGAUGAAGCCGACUAGUCCCGUUGACAGUGUCCAUGACACAGGUGAAGCCGACUAGUCCCGUUGACAGUGUCCAUUGAAAGUGCUUCUUAGUCCAGGACUAGGCGUAACCUGUGUCAGCAAAACCGUCCGUCCAGCCCAUGGAUCAAUUUCUGUGAGUGUAAUAAUAAUAAUGUAGUUACUAGCCUAACUGACAUACAAUUGUGUCUAUUUCAGUCAGAUGGUUGGAGUGGAGUACAUUCUCCUUCAUGCCCAGGAGCCCAUCCUCUACAUCAUUAGGAAACAACAGAGACAGUCUCCUACUCAGGGUGAUCCACAGAGAACACACACACACACACACACCACAGACGUCUGACACACACAUACUCAAAAGAAAACACCUCUGUCAAUACCCCCUUGGAAAGUUUACGUCAUCUUCCCAUGUCCUUUAUACCAGGCUCUAAUUCUAUAUCCUGUACUCUAUAUUGUGUGCUUCCUCUUCCCAGUCAUACCUUUAUCUGACUACUACAUCAUAGCUGGGGUGGUGUAUCAGGCUCCUGAUCUGGGAACAGUCAUUGGAUCCAGAGUGGUAAGAGAGUGUCAACCCCCUGGCAUUGUCAUUACUACGUUAUAGUGUUAUUACUAUGUAAUUACUAUGUUGUUAUUACACUGUUGUCAAUACUAUGCAAUAGUGUUAUAACUAUGUUGUUAUUACUAUGUUAUUACUAUGUUGUUAUUACACUGUUGUCAAUACUAUGCAAUAGUGUUAUAACUAUGUUGUUAUUACUAUGUUAUUACUAUGUUGUUAUUACACUGUUGUCAUUACUAUGUUGUCGUUGCUAUGUUGUCGUUACUAUGUUGUCGUUACUAUGUUGUCAUUACUAUGUUGUCGUUGCUAUGUUGUCGUUACUAUGUUGUCGUUACUAUGUUGUCGUUACUAUGUUGUCAUUACUAUGUUGUCGUUUCUAUGUUGUCGUUACUAUGUUGUCGUUUCUAUGUUGUCGUUUCUAUGUUGUCGUUGCUAUGUUGUCGUUGCUAUGUUGUCGUUGCUAUGUUGUCGUUACUAUGUUGUCGUUUCUAUGUUGUCGUUGCUAUGUUGUCGUUACUAUGUUGUCGUUAUUAUGUUGUCGUUACUAUGUUGUCGUUACUAUGUUGUCGUUACUAUGUUGUCGUUGCUAUGUUGUCGUUGCUAUGUUGUCGUUGCUAUGUUGUCGUUACUAUGUUGUCGUUACUAUGUUGUCGUUACUAUGUUGUCGUUACUAUGUUGUCGUUGCUAUGUUGUCGUUACUAUGUUGUCGUUACUAUGUUGUCGUUGCUAUGUUGUCGUUUCUAUGUUGUCGUUACUAUGUUGUCGUUACUAUGUUGUCGUUUCUAUGUUGUCGUUACUAUGUUGUCGUUACUAUGUUGUCGUUGCUAUGUUGUCGUUGCUAUGUUGUCGUUGCUAUGUUGUCGUUACUAUGUUGUCGUUACUAUGUUGUCGUUACUAUGUUGUCGUUACUAUGUUGUCGUUUCUAUGUUGUCGUUACUAUGUUGUCGUUACUAUGUUGUCGUUACUAUGUUGUCGUUGCUAUGUUGUCGUUGCUAUGUUGUCGUUUCUAUGUUGUCGUUGCUAUGUUGUCGUUGCUAUGUUGUCGUUGCUAUGCUGUUAUUGCUAUGUUGUUAGCACUUUGGGUUUUAGAAAAGUGUGGAAUUAUCUUGGUUGAUGUUGGGAUCAAAUCUAUUGAAAUUCCAGUCAAUUUAGAAAGUAAACCAAAUUUAAAAAGCAUUGAAGAGAAUUGGAAUUUCAGUAUACUUCCUGAAUUGACAGGAAUUGUCCUCAACCCUGGUUGACAUGUGAGUUGAUGGGGUGCUGUCGUCAUGUAUUGACUGCUGUUAUUUUCCCCUGUCUCCCCACAGCUGUCUGCUGUACAUGGUGUCCAGUCUGCCUUCGAUGAGGCCAUGUCAUACUGUCGCUAUCACCCAUCUAAAGGAUACUGGUGGCACUUCAAAGACCAGGAGGAGAGAGGUAUGUUAACCAGUGUUGGGGUCAAUUCCAUGUCAAUUCUAGUCCAUUCAGGAAGUACACUGAAAUUCCAAUUCUCUUCAAUGAUUUUCAAUGAGGAAAAUGUGGAAUUGGAAUUUGGUUAACACUAACCCUGGGGUGUGGUUGUUUUACAGCUACAGUGAGGGGAAAAAAGUAUUUGAUCCCCUUCUGAUUUUGUACGUUUUCCCACUGACAAAGACAUGAUCAGUCUAUAAUUUUAAUGGUAGGUUUAUUUGAACAGUGAGAGACAGAAUAACAACCCAAAAAUCCAGAAAUACGCAUGUCAAAAAUGUUAUAAAUUGAUUUGCAUUUUAAUGAGGGAAAUAAGUAUUUGACCCCUCUGCAAAACAUGACUUAGUACUUGGUGGCAAAACCCUUGUUGGCAAUCACAGAGGUCAGACGUUUCUUGUAGUUGGCCACCAGGUUUGCACACAUCUCAGGAGGGAUUUUGUCCCACUCCUCUUUGCAGAUCUUCUCCAAGUCAUUAAGGUUUCGAGGCUGACGUUUGGCAACUCGAACCUUCAGCUCCCUCCACAGAUUUUCUAUGGGAUUAAGGUCUGGAGACUGGCUAGGCCACUCCAGGACCUUAAUGUGCUUCUUCUUGAGCCACUCCUUUGUUGCCUUGGCCGUGUGUUUCGGGUCAUUGUCAUGCUGGAAUAUCCAUCCACGACCCAUUUUCAAUGCCCUGGCUGAGGGAAGGAGGUUCUCACCCAAGAUUUGACGGUACAUGGCCCCGUCCAUCGUCCCUUUGAUGCGGUGAAGUUGUCCUGUCCCCUUAGCAGAAAAACACCCCCAAAGGAUAAUGUUUCCACCUCCAUGUUUGACGGUGGGGAUGGUGUUCUUGGGGUCAUAGGCAGCAUUCCUCCUCCUCCAAACACGGCGAGUUGAGUUGAUGCCAAAGAGCUCGAUUUUGGUCUCAUCUGACCACAACACUUUCACCCAGUUCUCCUCUGAAUCAUUCAGAUGUUCAUUGGCAAACGUCAGACGGGCCUGUAUAUGUGCUUUCUUGAGCAGGGAGACCUUGCGGGCGCUGCAGGAUUUCAGUCCUUCACGGCGUAGUGUGUUACCAAUUGUUUUCUUGGUGACUAUGGUCCCAGCUGCCUUGAGAUCAUUGACAAGAUCCUCCCGUGUAGUUCUGAGCUGAUUCCUCACAUUUCUCAUGAUCAUUGGAACUCCACGAGGUGAGAUCUUGCAUGGAGCCCCAGGCCGACGGAGAUUGACAGGUCUUUUGGGUUUCUUCCAUUUGCGAAUAAUCGCACCAACUGUUGUCACCUUCUCACCAAGCUGCUUGGCGAUGGUCUUGUAGCCCAUUCCAGCCUUGUGUACGUCUACAAUCUUGUCCCUGACAUCCUUGGAGAGCUCUUUGGUCUUGGCCAUGGUGGAGAGUUUGGAAUCUGAUUGAUUGAUUGCUUCUGUGGACAGGUGUCUUUUAUACAGGUAACAAGCUGAGAUUAGGAGCACUCCCUUUAAGAGUGUGCUCCUAAUCUCAGCUCGUUACCUGUAUAAAAGACACCUGGGAGCCAGAAAUCUUUCUGAUUGAGAGGGGGUCAAAUACUUAUUUCCCUCAUUAAAAUGCAAAUCAAUUUAUAACACUUUUGACAUGUGUUUUUCUGGAUGUUUUUGUUGUUAUUCUGUCUCUCACUGUUCAAAUAAACCUACCAUUAAAAUUAUAGACUGAUAAUUUCUUUGUCAGUGGGCAAACGUACAAAAAUCAAAUACUUUUUUCCCUCACUGUAUUGUUUUACAGGGGUGUUUAUUGGUACAUUGGUUUUCAUUACGAACAAUAAAUUAUUAUUUUAUAGCCUAAUGUGUGAUACAUAUUAAGCAUGUUUCACUAAACCUGGACUAAGGCAGAUAUUGUUUUCCCAUCCCAUGACCUUGAUAAUACAUGUACUGUAUCUAAUGUGUUUCAACCAUUCUCCUCAUCAAUGGUAUUCUGCAACAAGAUGGCGCCGACAGACUUGGCACCUCUGAUUCUUGCUUCUAAGCAACUUUCCUAUUCUAGUCAAUGCCAUCUUAUUCAACUAUUGCUGUAUAUAUACUAAUCUAUCCUACGUAUUCUACAGAUAUACUACAUAUUCUAUCCACAUACUGUCUAUAAUGUGUCUACACCCCAUCACAUAUAUAUAUAUAGGCUCUGUCGCGGCCGGCCGCGACCGGGAGACUCAUGGGCGGCGCACAAUUGGCCCAGCGUCGUCCAGGGUAGGGGAGGGAAUGGCCGGCAGGGAUGUAGCUCAGUUGAUAGAGCAUGGCGUUUGCAACGCCAGGGUUGUGGGUUCGUUUCCCACGGGGGGCCAGUAUAAAAAAGAUAUAUAUGUAUUCACUAACUGUAAGUCGCUCUGGAUAAGAGCGUCUGCUAAAUGACUAAAAUGUAAAUGUAAUAUAUAUAUAUAUAUAUAUAUAUACAGUGCCUUGCAAAAGUAUUCAACCCCCUUGGUAUUUUUCCUAUUUUGCUGCAUUACAACCUGUAAUUUAAAUGGAUUUUUAUUUGGAUUUCAUGUAAUGGACAUACACAAAAUAGUCCAAAUUGGUGAAGUGAAAUUUAAAAAAAUAACUUGUUUCAGAAAAUUCUAACAAAUAAAUAACCGAAAAGUGUUGCGUGCAUAUGUAUUCACCCCCUUUGCUAUGAAGCCCCUAAAUAAGAUCUGGUGCAACCAAUUAACUUCAGAAGUCACAUAAUUAGUUAAAUAAAGUCCACCUGUGUGCAAUCUAAGAGUCACAUGAUCUGUCACAUGACCUCAGUAUAUAUACACCUGUUCUGAAAGGCCCCAGAGUCUGCAACACCACUAAGCAAGGAGCACCACCAAGCAAGCGGCACCAUGAAGACCAAGAAGCUCUCCAAACAGAGCAGGGACAAAGUUGUGGAGAAGUACAGAUCAGGGUUGGGUUAUAAAAAAAAUAUCUGAAACUUUGAACAUCCCACGGAGCACCAUUAAAUCCAUUAUUAAAAAAUGGAAAGAAUAUGGCACCACAACAAACCUGCCAAGAGAGGGCCGCCCACCAAAACUCACGGGUCAGGCAAGGCGGGCAUUAAUCAGAGAGGCAACAAAGAGACCAAAGAUAACCCUGAAGGAGCUGCAAAGCUCCACAGCGGAGAUUGGAGUAUCUGUCCAUAUGACCACUUCAAGCCGUACACUCCACAGAGCUGGGCUUUACAGAAGAGUGGCCAGAAAAAAGCCAUUGCUUAAAGAAAAAAAUAAGCAAACACGUUUGGUGUUCGCCAAAAGGCAUGUGGGAGACUCCCCAAAUAUAUGUAAGAAGGUACUCUGGUCAGAUGAGACUAAAAUUGAGCUUUUUGACCAUCAGGGAAAACGCUAUGUCUGGCGCAAAUCCAACACCUCUCAUCACCCCGAGAACACCAUCCCCACAGUGAAGCAUGGUGGUGGCAGCAUCAUGCUGUGGGGAUGUUUUUCAUCGGCAGGGACUGGGAAACUGGUCAGAAUUGAAGGAAUGAUGAAUGGCGCUAAAUACAGGGAAAUUCUUGAGGGGAAACCUGUUUCAGUCUUCCAGAGAUCUCAGACUGGGACGGAGGUUCACCUUCCAGCAGGACAAUGACCCUAAGCAUACUGCUAAAGCAACACUCGAGUGGUUUAAGGGGAAACAUUUAAAUGUCUUGGGAUGGCCUAGUCAAAGCCCAGACCGCAAUCCAAUUGAGAAUCUGUGGAAUUACUUAAAGAUUGCUGUACACCAGCGGAACCCAUCCAACUUGAAAGAGCUGGAGCAGUUUUGCCUUGAAGAAUGGGCAAAAAUCCCAGUGGCUAGAUGUGCCAAGCUUAUAGAGACAUACCCCAAGAGACUUGCAGCUGUAAUUGCUGCAAAAGGUGGCUCUACAAAGUAUUGACUUUGGGGGGGUGAAUAGUUAUGCACGCUCAAGUUUUCAGUUUUUUUUUUCUUAUUUCUUGUUUGUUUCACCCAAAAAAAUAUUUUGCAUCUUCAAAGUGGUAGGCAUGUUGUGUAAAUCAAAUGAUGCAACCCCCCCCCCCCCCCCCCCCCCAAAAAAAAUAAAUAAAUCUAUUUUAAUUCCAAGUUGUAAGGCAACAAAAUAGGAAAAAUGCCACGGGGGGGCUGUAGCCACUGUAUUUGUACUCUGGACUCCGACAUUGCUCGUUCUAAUAUUUAUAUAUUUCUUAAUUCCAUUGUUUUACUUUUAGAUCAGUGUGUAUUGUUGUGAAUUGUUAAGAUAUUACUGCACUGCUGGAGCUCGGGAACACAAGCAUUUCACUACACCCGCAAUAACAUCUACUAAAUAUGUGUGUGCGACCAAUAAAAUUAGAUUUUUGAUUUGAUGUCUAUAGAUGCCAAAGCCAAGCCAAAGUCCAAGAAGAAAGAGGAACCCAGUUCCCUGUUCCAAAGACAGCGUGUGGACACACUUCUACUCGAUUUGAGGUCCAAGUUUCCUCCAACGUAUUACCAGGUAUGACACACCUGUCAGUUAGUCAUAAUCAGCCAAUAUACAUUAUACCGAUUUAAUUGUAACAUUGUAUUAUUGAGGUUCGCAUUUGGUAAUCUAUAUUCUGUUGUAAUUCUUUCCUAAAAUUUUGCCACAAUUUUAGCCUAAGCCUGGUGAGAAGCCAAUCCCAGGUAAGAUUGUUACAGCUAAUAUUGCAGAACCAUUUGCUAUUCUUUUGCGAUAGGUUUUAGACAUUUAACACCAACCAAAUGUUGAUGAACAUUACUAUUGGAAAAGGUUAGGUCAUGUUUAAAAAAAAAAACUCUGGACAUUUUGUAAUCUUUUCUCUGGUCAUGGAGUCUUGUUUUUUCACCCUGUGUUCUGUUUUCAUUUGACUGUCUAAUCUACUGUAUCUAUUCUAAUCUACUGUAUCUGUUCUAAUCUACUGUAUCUGUUCUAAUCUACUGUAUCUAAUCUAAUCUACUGUAUCUGUUCUAAUCUACUGUAUCUGUUCUAAUCUACUGUAUCUGUUCUAAUCUACUGUAUCUGUUCUAAUCUACUGUAUCUAAUCUAAUCUACUGUAUCUGUUCUAAUCUACUGUAUCUGUUCUAAUCUACUGUAUCUGUUCUAAUCUACUGUAUCUGUUCUAAUCUACUGUAUCUAUUCUAAUCUACUGUAUCUGUUCUAAUCUACUGUAUCUGUUCUAAUCUACUGUAUCUAUUCUAUUGUAGUGGAGGUGAAGAAGGAGUCUGAACCCCCAGCAGAGACGGUGAAGCAGGAAGAGAGAGAGAGAGAGCCAGCCACCAAGACUUCUGCUCCAGCUCCCCCCAGCAGCAAACCACCUCCGGAGAAACGGGCCAGGCUACAGUGAUGACCGAUGGCCACUCCUGUAUAUAUUUCUGAUAAUGUCCAUUCUUCGAAGAAGAAGAAGAAGAAAAAAAGCACACUGCUCUUGCCAGUAUCACCUUUUUGUUAAUUCAAGCUUAUAUGUCAGCCUCUUGGCCUUCGUCAUUGAUGUGUACAUUCUCACAUUGGCAAGGCACACAGAAUGGACAUACGGCACAGGUAGAACCCAAUCUGACUGAACAAUGCUAAGGAAGUUGUUUGUGUCUGAUGGAAGGUGUGUGGAAAUGGACCUCCAUCCCAGACCAAACAGACCGUAACAACUCAUGAUCCUGUUUCUGAAGGGCUUGACAGUCAAUUAACAUGGAAUGGCAUUAGGAAAGGAAAAUUAAUAGUCCCAAAUGGCACCCUAUUCCC